CUGAGUAAAAAGGUUCCUGUUAUUUUUGCAGGCGGAGCUCCGUUCUCGCUUACCAUUGGAAUUCACUGUUUUCUUCGAAUUACUUCGGAUUGCAGGGGAGAAGACGAGAGAGAUCAUUCUGUGGUAGCAGAUGUGAGCUGGACUACACAUCAGGCAGAAGCAAACAAUAAAAUAGCUAGGAAAACCGCGACUGUAUUUAAUAUGUGGCAACCUGCGACAGAACGAUUGCAGCACUUCCAGACAAUGCUGAAGACCAAGCUCAAUGUUCUAACACUGAAGAAGGAGCCACUGCCUACAGUUAUAUUCCAUGAACCAGAAGCCAUUGAACUCUGUUCUACCACACCCUUAAUGAAGAACCGGACCCACACUGGCUACAAGGUGACGUACUUAGGCAAGGUGACCAUCAGGGGGACUCAGUUUCUGUCUGGCUGCACUGAACCAGCUGUCAUUGGCCUGUGGGAGCGCCGAGCAACCGCCCAGGAAGACACGCGGCCAGCCAAUGCUGUCUUGGAGAUCAGGCCCUUCCAGGUCCGGCUGCACCACCUGGAUGGCCGAGGGGAGGCCACAGUCCACAUGGACACCUACCAGGUGGCGCGCAUCGCCUACUGCACCGCGGACCACCACGUCAGCCCCAACAUAUUUGCCUGGAUCUACCGGGAAAUAAACGAUGACUUGACGUUCCAGAUGGACUGCCAUGCCGUGGAGUGUGAGAACAAGCUGGAGGCUAAGAAACUGGCUCACGCCAUGAUGGAGGCCUUCAGGAAGACCUUCAACAGCAUGAAGAACGACGGGCGAAUUCACAAAAGCAGCUCGUCGGACGAAUUUCCUCAGGAGUUUGCCGCAGAUGAUGGCUGAACGGAGUCUGCUAAGGAAGCAUCCGAACUGCAGGAACGCUUUCGGGGAGGUGAAAAGGAUGAGGGGGUGUUUGAGGGUGGGGGUGGGGAUGUAAUUCAUGUGGGGGGGGGCGGGGGGGAUUAGAAAAGACAAAGAAAAAAUUGAACAAAGAGAAAAUCCCUGCCACUCUCUUGGGUUGACCGCCUUUCCAAAUCAAAAGGCUGAUUCAGUACCUAAAGAUCUGCAUCAUUAAAGUAAUUACAUUCCUAUUUCAAAAGCUGCUGCUGCACUGUAAAUGUGAGAGUAAGCUUUUUCUCUGAAGCUUAACAAAAACUCAGACUCAUCCCUCGACUCUAAUUUGUCCCAAUUUGCCUAAUGAAAUCCAUCAAGCUAUUGUACAGAGCCUGUGGAAUCAUCCUCAGACUUUGUGAUACAACAAAGCUGAUAUUCUUCAGCCAGAAAGCUGUGAAGAUACACCAGAAGGAGUUUAAAGAGACAGUGUUUCUUUUUUCACUGCCUUUUUCCCUGAGGACAAGAGGCCAACUUCAUUAGUGUGUAAAUCAAACCAAAAUUUUUUGUUAUAAGCUUGCUUUUAAUGUUGUUUUUUCUCUUUAAUUUAAUACACAUAUCAAAGUACACAGAAGGAAACGGUUUGUGCCUAAUUAAUGAGAUAUGGUAAAUGUUGUUCAUUUAGUUUACAAUGUGGUAUUUGAUGAUCUUGUAACACAUUGCAAUAUAUUGUAGGGUUCAAGUAACUCAAGCACUGGUCAUUACAGUUAUUAUUUGUAAUGCACAAAUUAACUUAAAACAUAAAUGUAAUGCACCAAAACAAUAAUUCAGUAAUUAUACAAAAACUUUCAUGAAUGUUUUCAGUUAUUAUUAGAUGUUUGCUUAUAGUAUUAAAGUGCCCAGGGUUAUAUUUCAGGUGUGAUUGGGCUGGAUAGACAAAGAGAAAUCUUCACAAUAAACAUAUAUAUAAUAAAGUAUUAAAGAGUAAAUCCAAUGCAAAAGUAAUGCACCGUCAUUUUUUCACUUCAGUCUAAAAAUUAACCUAAUGCAUACCCAAAUUGUAGAUAGGAGGUAUUUUUGUAGCGAGACUAAUUACAUUUGUUCUCUGCACCUGAAAUGUGCUUUAUUUUGGAUCAGAAACAUCCAAAACACUUGAACCAUCCUUCACGAUGAACCCGCUUAAUAGUGUCAGGCAGUUCAAUUUCUAGUCAAACAAAAGUUCUGCAGAUCGAGUAGCUGAAACAGUGACACCAUCCAUCUGAUGUGUUAGUGUAGGACAGUGCGCACACUUAACUGGCUCCUGGCACUGCUGCUCUGCUAAAUGAUUGCUAAUCGAGAUACUGACACGUCCACUGCCUGCUGACACCACAGCAGAUGCUGCAGCAUGAGCUUGAACCCCAAAACUGCAUGUUUGCCAGUUGUUCCUUAUGUGAGCCCUCUGCUACAUACAGUAGCAGGACACCUGCUGGUUCACUGGAGUUGUGUUUUCACGUGGACUUGUGUUAAAGUUGAAUUCAAAGAAUGCAUAUUCCCUGCGUAUAAAUUUAUGUUAGGAUAUCGGUAUUCAUAUAUUUUUCCCCUGACCAGGCAUAGCUCCUGAUGAGCUCUGUGUGCAGUUACUGUAGUACCGAUUACAAAACAGUGAAAGGUGUGUGAUCUCUGUGCAGUUAGUGUGUUAUUUCUCCGCCACAGGGAAAGACAGGUACUGUACAAUUUCCCUCUGAAAAUUUAAACCAGGAAUUUUAAGGGCAGUCCGGUUCAAGAUAAUUAUUGUAGAACAUGUGUGAAAAUGACUUUACAGGCUAUUGUUUAAACAACUGUUUCUUUGUCUUAAAAAAAUGAUGGUCUUACCAGCAUUUUUGUCAAGGAAGGUGAACUGUUGUAAGAAAUUUCAACAUAAUCAGGAUGGUCUCUCGCUGUGCUUCCCUUUAAUUAGAUAAACUUGGUCACCGUUGUUAUGAUUGUGCUGCUUGCAGAACUGAGAAGUGAAAGAGUUAGAGUUUGAGUGAAAGAAUGUGGAGAGAAAUAAAUAUAAAUUAAAUAAAAAAAUAGAAAUAAAAAUCAAAUGGUAAAAAUGAGAAAAAUUCUCAAUUUUUCAGUUAGAUGCUGAACUUUUCUUCCCAUAAGAGUCGUUAUCCUUUUUCAGUUUAGAUUGUUGUUUUUUUUUUGCAUUACAAGCUUCUAACAUCAUUUAGUUGCAUUUUUGUUAUUUCAAAUUAAAGCAAUUAUAUGAAAUCUGUACAGUGAUAAUAAAACCACCUUGUAUGGGAAUAUUAAGGGAACCUUAGUUUUCUAUUUUUUUUUCUGAGCAUUUAAAAUUUGUGUCUUUCAUUAUUUUUUAAAUCUCUUUCUGAAUGAAACCGUUAAAAUGAAUGUGUAGAUUUGGAUACAGACUCAUACAGAACAAAAGUUUGCCAUUAUUCUAUAACAAAGCUACCAAUAGACUGAAUAUACUGUAUAACCUGCUGGAUCCUACCUUGAUGUAUCUAAAAUAAUAGAAAUGGAUAAAAAAAGGGAAUGGUCAGCAAAUAUUUCUGAAAUUAUUAAAUAAGCUCAUGUAAAUAAAAUGUAUCAGUUUCCAAAUAUUACAGCAUAAAUGGUAUAGUUAUAAUUUUAAUUAAAAAUAAAUGUUUAUUCGCCAACUGUGAAUAUACAGAAAAUGAUAUAGUGCUGGAAAUUAAGGUAGAAUUUGCAAAGCCAUACAUUGGAAUAAAUGUGUAAAGAAAGGAAAUAUAUGGAGUCUUCUAGACUAUUGUCUGUCUCAGAAAAAAAAUUGGAUUUGCUUUAAUAUUUCAUACUGUUAUGUGUUUUCUAUACAUUAUUUGUAAAGAUAAAAAUACAAACAUAAAAGUACUUGGCAAGAAUGAUUGUGGGUUUUUUGUGUUUUUGAAAUAUUAUAGUAAGCUCUAAUAAAAGCAGAAUAUAUUAAAUGACAUAAAUGACA